AUGGACAAGACACAAAUUGGUGAGUGGCUACAAGCCAACGAAAUCGAGUUCCCUGCAAGUGCAACUUUAAGGCAAUUGCGAAAGCUCGCUUUUGAUGCUGGAUACCAAGAAGUGGCUGAAAUCCCAGAAAGCAUAUUAGAGGAGGAGAACUCCAAAAUGGAAGUAUUAAGCCAAGGAGCCGCUACCGAAGGCAUCCAGACAUUGGAAGAAGAAGAAGCACUGCUUGACGCCGCCAUAAGGGUUGCUGAGAAGAAGAAAAUAUUGGCCGGAUUGAUGAAAAACGUCGACAAAACGACAGAUGACCUCCAAAUGGUGAAGCACCUCUUCGUCAUUGAUGGUUUUCGCGAUCGUUCAGCCAAUAUCGCUAUAUUGUACACAGCAACAACAAUCGCACAAUUGAAGGAAUUGGCUUGGAAGUAUGCCAAUCUAAGGAAGAAGUCACACAAUUUUCCUCAGCGCAUGGAAAAUACUGGAGGAGAUCGGAAAACAGUCCGGUGCUACAAUUGCUCUGCUUAUGGGUACUACGCUUCGUCGUGCACUGCACCGAUACGCGAGAAGGGAUCUUGUUUCCGUUGUGGAUCCCUCCAACAUAUGCUAAAGGAUUGUCAGCAGAAGCCAGCAAGUGAUCCGAGAGUGGUGGGAGCAGCCAACAACCAGCCGAUACGAGAUGACGAAGAGGAGCCUAAUAUAAUUGAAAUAAAUAAUAUAAACCUGCGUCAACAGUUUAUAGUAAGUUUACUCAACAAAAAAGAUGACAGAGAAUAUGACCUUGUUCCGCCUGAUGGCGGUUGGGGCUGGCUUGUGCUGUUAGGUUCGUGCUUGACAAACAUUCUUAUCCCUGGUACCAUUAAAAGUUUUGGAGUAUUAUUUUCGGAGUUUACCGAAGCUUUCAACUCUUCGCCCACAAAGGCCUCCUGGAUACCGGCGCUGUGCUAUUUUCUUUAUAGUUCGUUGGGUCCCGUUUCCAGCAUAUUGUCUGUGAAGUACUCGUAUCGUACAGUCACCCUUCUUGGUGGGGCCUCUGCUUCGUUGGGAAUGAUACUCUCCUUCUGGGCAUCAUCAAUUGAGUACUUGUAUGUCAGCUAUGGCGUUUUGGUAGGAAUUGGUGCUGGGCUCUCUUUUCCACCCACAGUCUACAUCGUAACGUCGUACUUUGCAAAGCUUCGCGGCUUGGCUAACGGCCUGUGCAUCUCUGGCAGCGCGUUGGGCAACAUUAUUUUACCGCCCCUCCUACGAUGGCUACUUGAGACCUACGGCUAUUACGGCUCCUGUCUUAUCAUGGGCGGCAUUACCCUUUUAUUUGUAGCUGCUCUUUUCUAUGAGCCUGUUGAGCAGCACAUGGUACGAGUGCGACGUACACGGCAGGCUUUAGAGGACAUUCCCGAAGAGGAAGACAUUGGCAUUGUGAUGAAGUUCGAAAAUGUAGACGUGUCUACAACAAAUAUCGAGCAAGCGGAUAAGCAGUUGUUACCUUACAACUCCCCUCCAUCGCCACUGUAUCUACCCGAUGAUGAAAAGCUACAGUUUGUACGGAGUGCUUCCGCACUGUCGAAUUCGACGAAUGCCAUCAGUUACACUAACUUUAUUAUUUUGCUUCCCAGUUUUGGAGAAGCCAGGGGCUUUAACAAAUCAUUAUCUGCGUAUCUGCUUUCAAUUGUCUCUGCCACUGAUCUAAUUGGACGUAUUGGAGGAUCAGCACUUUCGGACAUGGGAUACAUACCUAAGACCUGGUACUUCGUUGGCGGCUUGUCAAUAUCAGGUCUUUCCCUUGCGCUUCUACCCUUUGCAUGGUCUUACAGUUCGGUAUGCUUCUGGUGCGCAGUUUUUGGCCUCGCUUCUGGAAUCUACGUGGGAAUUACUGCCGUUAUCAUGGCAGACAUGCUAGGAACAGAACGAUUAACGUCAUCCUAUGGCAUAAGUCUGUUCGUUAAUGGCUUGCUUCAGUUGGUUGGGCCUCCCUGGUUCGAGGCGGUCAAUGAUUAUAAUCCUCUCUUCCACGCUCUUGGCUUAACGCCUUUGGCCGGAGCCAGUCUUUGGAGCUUUAUGCCUUGGAUUAAUCGACGCAAAGCCAAAACGGAGGAGAAAUUAGAAGCACAAAGCCACUAAUCGGCGAAAAACUAUCGUAUCACACGACGUACAAUAACAAUUAGAUUUUAGGCUAUAAAAUGCGUACAAACACAGUUAGAUAAGUGUGCAUACGGUAAACGGCCAAAACUAUGGCAGCGCAAUACAAUUUUAGAAACUGUCCAAAGCCACUAAUCGGCGAAAAACUAUCGUAUCACACGACGUACAAUAACAAUUACAUUUUAGGCUAUAAAAUGCGUACAAACACAGUUAGAUAAGUGUGCAUACGGUAAACGGCCAAAACUAUGGCAGCGCAAUACAAUUUUAGAAACUGUUAAUUUGUUUCUUUCAUCUGCUUUUUUUGUUACUGUUUAAUCGUAACUAUUACAUUGUAUAGUACUACAAUUAAUGUUUACCAGUACUAGAAUAGCCUAAGUCGCAUACAUUAAAAUGAAUGAGAGUUAAUUAAAAGUAA